AUGACUCGCUUGAUCAUCCUACCAGCCAUAUUCACAAGUGCUUCUGUUGCAUUAUGGGUUAUGUUGUGGUCAGCACCUGGAUGGAACAACUCAGAUGGUGAUGCAGUAUGGCACUUACCAGACCAAUUCGACAACUUCACAUCGAUAGCGGAAAAGUUUCGAGCAUAUAAACAGAGGCAUUUCGGCUACAUCACAGUCCUUUUCAUAUCGACCUAUUUGUAUAAACAAACGUUCGCAAUUCCUGGAUCGUUCUUUUUGAAUGUGAUCGCUGGUGCUUUAUAUGAUUUAUGGAUCGGUUUUGCCUUGGUUUGUACAUUGACAACAAUCGGCUCGACUCUGUGUUAUUUAUUUUCCGAAUUAUUCGGCCGCGAAUAUGUCUAUUAUUAUUUUGGUCAACGACUCACAUAUCUUCAACAAAAGAUUGAUGAUAAUUCGAAUCGAUUAUUACCAUUUCUGUUAUUCGCAAGAAUGUUUCCGAUCUCACCCAGUUGGUUACUAAAUAUCGUCGCUCCUUACUUGAAUAUUCCGAUUCCCAUAUUUGCAUUCUCGGCAUUUAUCGGCUUAGCACCGUACAAUUUUAUAUGCGUACAAGCUGGUUACAUUCUUUCGGAUUUACGCGGUUGGGAUGAUAUUUUCAAUACGUCAACAAUGCUCAAAUUAUGUUCUUUCGCCGUACUGCCAUUAGCCUACGCAAUAUUCGUCCGACCAAGAAAUUCCAGGUUGCAGGUGUGUAUAUACCUGCUGUUAUCGAUCGCAUGUUCCGAUGCAAAUUUUUCCGCAGCAAAAGGUUAUCAGUAUAGCAGUAAUCUGAUGCAUUUGUUAGAAUCGGGCGCGUUUGUGUCGUCUUCUCAAUGA